AUGACCUCUAUGGAUCACACGUUUCCUCGACCAGAACGAGAGCUGCAAGAAGACACGGCGAAACGAAUCAGUGCGAUGGGAUCAACCCCUCGCAGUGUCACUGACAAGUUCUCACGGGACGUGUCAUGGUCUCAUUCAUCUGCGCAACCCCCAUGGACCAGUCUCAGUCUCCCUGCUUCUCCAGGAGCCCUCCACACCGGACGAUCGUACUCCUUGAAGCCACCUAUGGAAGCGGAAGGGAUCGCAAGGACUGAUCCAUCGAGGCAGAGUUUUCAGGGGUCAAUCUCGUCGCCAGGUAGACCUGGGAAUUGGGAUGUGGAGGCUGAGCGACAGCGAUCGAUGCAGCUCAGUGCGCGUCAGGGGGAAUGGAAUGGCUCUCCGGGAUCCGCAAGAAGGCAAGAUGGUAUGAAGCAGCAGGAGAACGGCGGAUACAUGACGUCCCGUUCUCAACACCUGUUGCAGCUCCACGCAAAGGAGUCUGUCUUGUCGCCCGAGAAAUCACCUCUCAAACUCCAUUACUCUGCAACACCUCAGACGAAUUCUUACGAAUCAGAAAUCAGAUUCUCGCAGUUGCUUCACGUUGGAUUGAGGGAGAAUCAUGGCAAUGGAAGUGGUCAUACCCCUGCGUCAGACUCAUCGCUUGUAUCGAGGCGAGGAGACUUCAAUGGGCAUGAAAGGAGUGGAGGGAUGCUGAAUGGACACUCUAAUGGGCCUGAAGUGCUAGGAGAGAUUUCCCAAGAUGAACUAAGUGAUCCCUUGUCGAGAGAAGCAUCAACUAGCUCCUCACAGGUUCAUUGUGUUCUCGUUCACGUCGAUGACGUUGACGACUUGUUCAAGGGCAUUCCAAAAGAGAAGACUGGAUCAAUCCCUUCAAUCAACGGUCAAGUGCAUGAGAAGAAGUCCUCGAAUCAACUUCAAUCUUUGAGGCGCACCAAUCAAAAUCUCUUUCCACUGGACGUUACGGGAGGACUGGAAAAGUCAGAAGACAGAGUUUCUGCUUUGAAUGUCUCCCUUGAUGCGAGCGAGAAGGAAUCUUGGCCGUUGCAUAGGGUCUCGAUCAGCAAGGAAUCGCAAGAGUGGGAGCGAACUACAGGUUCCUUCCGCUCCUCCGACAAGUCGCAGGUCAACAGGACGUCGAGUAGUGCGGCGAGGAAGAAAGUCAUGACGUUGAAGGAAGGGCCGAUCGAGAAGAAGGACGGCUCAGGCCUCGGAUCCCUUGUCAACCCUUGGAGCUUGAGGAGGAUGGUGCUGACGACAAACAACCUGUGCUGGUCCAAGUUCUCCCACGUCUCGUUCGACACAUGCAUCAACCUCCUCCACAUCGAAGGGGUUGAGCCAUCGCGGAACGGAGGGGGACAAGAGUCGUUCGACGUUGUCGUCAACGAGAAGUAUGGGAAGGCGGAACGAUCGAACGGGUCAAAGAUUUCGAGCCAUCAGAAACCGAAAGCUUCUCGCUGCGCCUAUACCUUCCGAUGUCGAUCGAAGCACAGCAAGGGGAGUCCCACGGAACGAGACAUGUGGAUUGCUGCGAUCAGAGAGGCGAUGGAAAAUGCAAGAGCACGCAAAGAACAAGACUCCUUCGAGCGUCGCAACUCGGAGAGGAGUAGCUCCCCACUGUCCGAGGAAGAAGAUGACCACUGCUCCAAGAGACGAGAGGUAGACAGCAUGAAGGAGAAGUGA